AUGGAGUUCCGAAGAAGAAGCGCGACAUCCUCCUUCGGCCUUGCGCUGCUCGGCCUUCUCGCCUCCACCACGCCCGCGGCAGCAGCUGACACCGCUUCCCCCAACGACCCCAUCUCCAAGCCCGACUGCGACUCCGACAUCGAGGUCUCGAUCCGGUACGCCGGCAACACGAAGCGCCUGUACCUCGAGUCGGCAGACGGCGAGACCCGCGGAGGCUGCGCUACCCUCGGGCAGGUCUGGGAGAGUCGGGCCGGCAAGGGGCCGCUGUACGCGGUGGACCCGGACUCUGGCGACGUGAGCGAGACCCAGACUGGCACGUGGCUCCUCACGGAGGAGCUGUACGUGGAGGACGGCAUCACGCUCAAGGUGUACGGGACGGACGAGGGGGGAGAUGCCGACGAACUCAGGUUGCUGAGCACAAGCGACACCUACAUCAACCUCAGAGCAUACGGUGGCAGCCUGGACUUCGUGGGCACCAAGGUAUUCUCGUGGGACACGAGCACCAACUCGCCGGACGUCGUCGAAACCGACGGCCGGUCAUACAUCAGCGCCGUCUCUGAGAUCGUCACCGACGAGGACGAGUCUUGCGAGGGUCACGCCAAGAACACCAUGGGGGAGGCCCGCAUGGACAUCGAGAACAGCGAGAUCGGCUACCUGGGGUUCCAGGACAGCGAGAGCUACGGGCUCACGUGGAAGGUUCGCGGGUUCUGCAAGGAUAAGUCUAACCCGGAGAUCUUCGACGACGUGAAUGUGUACGGAAACAUGUACGACAGCGACAUCCACCACUUGCGCUUCGGCCUCUACACUGACGGUAAGAUUCCCUCCCUUUUUUAUGGAAAUCGCUCGAAUGGGUGA